CACACGCGGAAAAACAUUUUAAAGAGGUGUAGUUCUAUAUAAAAUGUUGACUUAAAUGUUAACGAAAAAAAAUAAUGGCGUAUACAUCUGAUGAUGAUAUUAUAAGGCGCCGGCUGUUAAUCGAUGGUGAAGGAGGCAAUGAUGAUAAGAGGUUAAAUAACCUUCUGAAAACCUUCAUUAGAUGGUCAACAAUGAAGGAAGAUGAUGAGAAUAGCCAAGCCAUGUAUCAACGCAUGCAGGCAAUGAUCGGUCAAUGUGAGUACACUUUAGAAAAGGCAAUGAACACUUACGAGAUGAAUAAACAGGAGCUGGAGAAUUAUGAAAAACUAAGCAAAGAAAUAGAUGACAAAAUAGAAGAAGCCACAAAAAGAAUUAGUGAAGCUAAACAAGAGCUACAAUUAGCCAAAUGUAUUCGAAAAAAUAGACAAGAAUAUGACAAUUUGGCAAAGAUUAUACAGCAACAGCCAGACAGGCAGGAAACAACAAAGCAGUUAGAAGCACUAGACAAGGAACUUUCCACUUUGGCGAAAACACGACAACAACUUGAAGAAAAGUUGGAGCUAAGGAGAAAACAGUUUAUGGUAUUAAUUACAUCUAUACACGAACUACAGAGUAUAUUAGAAGCUGAUGACCAAACAAAUGAUGAAAACAAAGAUGAAGAUACAAACAUGUCCAGUUAGUCUUCAAGUCAUGUUCGUUUUGUAAAUACUUCAUUAGAGAUUUGUGACAUUUUGUUUUAUAUUUAGCCAUGUAAGAUGCCAUGAAACCUAUUUUGAAAAAGUAAAACAGAAAACAACUUUUAAAUAUUUA